GUCUGAGGAUUUUCCAUAAUCAGGAUCCGAGCCCUCAUAUAUAUCAACCCAGAACCUGUUCUUGCCACAGCUGCCGUCACUGCCGCCCUCCUCUUCCUCACGUUCUCGUCCCGUCGUAGGCUGUGACACACACAACCCACCAACAUGUCUGAGAAGAAGAUGACUUCGAGCCGCAGGCAUCAUCUGAAGAGUUUGAUGCUGCAGAUCGCCUUUGGUUGGAUGGAGAAUGAGAAAAAGGAAAUUGCAGCCGCCAAGGAAGCCUACAUGUCUGAGAAAUGCCCCGCCCCCAAUAUGAGUGGAAACCACGCUGCCCUGAUGGAAACCUGCAAAGCACUCCAUGCGCUCAUCGACAAAGUGGACGAGGAGCGGUACGACCUCGAGGCCAAAGUGGGCAAAGCUGACAAAGAGAUCGAUGAGUUGAAGAUCAAAGUGAUCGACCUGGCCGGAGUGAAGAAACCUGCUCUGAGGAAGGUCCGCAUGUCGGCCGACGCCAUGCUGAAGGCUCUGCUGGGCUCCAAACACACGGUCAACAUGGACCUGAGGGCCAACCUGAAGCAAGUCAAGAAGGAGGUGAAAGAGGAGCCUGCAGAUGCUGUCGGCGACUGGCGUAAGAACAUCGAGGACAAAGCUGACAGAAAGAAGAUGUUUGAGUCAUCCUAAAAAAUUCUGCUCUGCUCUUGUAGCUUGUCUGAGCUCUUUGCACUUUUUAUGGAAUUUCUGGGAUUUUUCAUGGAAUUAAGACACUUUUUAUUUCAUUAAAUCUGUCAGUUUCACAUUGUUUUUUUUGUUGUUGUUUUUUU